AUGCUUCCAGACCAAUGGCGCGAGAUUAUGAACAAGAAGCUGAAGUUCCCACCGGAGCUCAUCAAUGCCAUUCAGGAUGGGAAAAUAGACCUGGUUUGCGGACUUCUGAAGACUGGCGAUGGCAUCAUUCGCCAGCUGGAUGAGUCCGAAGAUCGCAUGUGGAGGGAGACCCUUAACCUUUCCAUCCGCCUGGGCAGUGAGGAUGCUAUGGAUGCCCUCCUGCAGGGCGUCAAGUUUGACUUCCGGCAGAUCCACGAGGCGUUGCUCGUUGCUGUAGAUACCAACCAACCUCGUGUAGUGAAAAAACUGCUAGACCGAUUGGACCAAGAGAAGGGGAAUAAGAUGGAUGUGCGCUCCUUCUCUCAGGCCAUCUUUGAUCAUUCAAUUGACAACUCCCAAUUUGCCCCCGGUGUGACCCCUUUGACCUUAUCCUGCCAGAAGGACCUGUAUGAUAUCGUCAUCAUGCUUACUAAAAGAGGCCACGUCAUCCCAUGGCCACACACGAUAUCCUGUGCAUGUCUGGAGUGCCGUAACGGCAGGCAGUAUGAUCUGCUGAAGUUUUCCUUGUCCCGUAUCAACACCUAUCGUGGCAUUGCAAGCCGCGCCUAUCUGUCCAUCACAUCAGACGAUGCCAUGCUCAGUGCUUUCAGCCUGAGCAGAGAGCUCCGCACACUCUCUCAAAAAGAGCCAGAGUUCAAGCCUCAGUACCUGAGCCUGGAGCAGCUCUGUCAGGAGUUUGCUGUGGAGUUGCUAGGGAUGUGUCGGAACCAAAGUGAGGUGACCACUAUUCUGAACUGCUGCGGAGAUGAGAUCCAGGAUUCACUGGACCAACAGGCCUUUGAGGAGGGAAUACCCAGCCUGUUACGACUGCGACUUGCUGUCAACUACAACCAGAAGCAGUUUGUGGCCCAUCCAAUCUGCCAGCAGGUGUUGUCAUCCAUCUGGUGUGGGAACCUCGCGGGCUGGAGAGGCAGCAGGACAGCCUGGAAGCUGUUUGUCUCUGUAGGGAUCUUCCUCACCAUGCCUGUACUCUGCCUCAUCUACUGGAUAGCCCCAAAAUCAAAGGCAGGAAAGCUGCUAAAAAUCCCAGUGAUAAAGUUCCUCCUCCACUCUGCUUCCUACCUGUGGUUCCUGAUCACAUUACUCGGAGAAUCGAUCACCAUGGAGAUGUAUCGGGACAAAUUUGCUUCCCGGCAGCAAAACAUUCUGCACAGCUCCUUCCACAUGGUGUGGGUGGUUGGAUUCUUCUGGUAUGAAUGUAAGGAGGUGUGGAUUGAAGGGCUGAGAAGUUACUUUUUAGACUGGUGGAACUGCUUGGACAUGAUGGUGCUCAGCAUGUACCUGGCCUCCUUUUCGCUACGUGUGCUAAUCCUGCUUAAAGGUUACUUCCUGUGCCAGGCUCAUAAUGGGACGGAGGAGUGCCUCUAUUUCACGCAGACUGUGCGCAAUGAUUGGCAUCAGGAGGACCCUCAGCUGAUUGCAGAGGUGCUUUUUGCAGUUACAAGUAUGUUGAGCUUCACACGGUUGGCGUACAUCCUGCCAGCCCAUGAGUCCCUGGGCACGCUACAGAUCUCCAUCGGGAAGAUGAUUGAUGACAUGAUGAGGUUCAUGUUUAUAUUGAUGAUUAUUGGGACAGCCUUCCUCUGUGGCAUCAACAAUGUCUAUGUGCCUUAUAUCAUCUCUCCACACCUGGGCAGGUUCAACGAGACCUUCCACUUCCUGUUUUGGACCAUGUUUGGCGUGGCCAAUCAGGACUAUGUGGAUAUGCCACAGUUUGUGUUGGCAGAGUUUGUGGGACGUAUCCUGUAUGGCAUUUUCACACUUGUCAUCGUGAUCAUCUUACUCAACAUGCUUAUUGCCAUGAUCACAAACUCCUUUCAGAAAAUUGAGGAUGAUGCAGAUGUGGAGUGGAAAUUUGCCCGCUCAAAACUCUACCUCAGUUAUUUUCGAGAAGGUUUGACCAUUCCUGUGCCCUUCAACAUCAUCCCCUCCCCCAAAGCUGUCUUUUACAUUUUAAGGGGAAUCUUCAGGACAAUCUGCUGCUGCUGCUGCAAUUCUAAUUCUGAGGAAAAAUAUCCUCCAUUACCUUCUAUGUCUAUGGAGAAGACAGCGAGCAGUGACGGCCAGUUGCCCUACCGACAGCAGGUGAUCAGGGCUCUGGUGCAGCGAUACAUCGAAUCAGCUCGUCGAGAGUUUGAGGAGACUAAGAGGAAAGACAUUGGUAAUCGGAUUACUGAGCUGAGCAAAGCAGUUGGCAGAAUGCACAGUGACAUGAAACUGGUCCAGCAGCUUCUGGUGGGUGAAGGCUACACAGUGGGAGAUGAAUCCACCAAAGAUGGUUCUUCAUUACUGGGGAAAUACAUCAUCGGUGCCAAGAACAAUUUCCGAGGAUUUAACAGCAGACAAGAUGUGAAAAAUACAUCUCGUAAAGUGACAGUGCAUCAUGUAGAGCAAGAGGUAGAGGAUGAAAAGCUUGACCCUGUUCGAAUGCAGAAGUCUGACAUGAAAUGGAAAGAGGCGCUCAAGUCCAGGUCAGAGGGAACAAAGCAGGUAGAUGUGGUGAAAAUGGAGGAAGGUAGAGUAAUAGUAGAGCGACGGCAAAAAGAAACAGAGAAAAAAGAAAAGGCAGAAAUUGAAAUAAUUGGAAAGAGUGAGUGUGAGGUGGAAGAAGAGAGGCCAGGAGAAACCACACGAGAUGAGGCAGAAGAGAUAAAGGACAUAGAGAUAACACCUGAACGUGUCCCAGAGGAAAAGGCAAAUGCAACACGUCUGGUGAAGUUCAAACCCACAGAGUUUAAAGAAAGAAAAGCAGAGCCAAGAUGGAUGAAGGGUGCAAAGAAUGAGAAAAAUGCAACAGAGAACCCGAGUGUGCAGGAGAAUGCUGAUAAAAAUGUAGAUGAUAUUUCCUCCCCAAUAAGCAGCAGCAGUUCUGAAGACACAGGAUUUGGUUCCCAGGAAGCCGAGAAUUCAACUGAUUUGACACCAGUAACCCCACAACCAGGGCAGUGUCAUAUGUCUGUUGAGAGGAUUUAACUUAGUGCUGGAGAAUUAGUCACUUCUUUGUAAAGGCUGACAUAUUCAACAUGCAUAGUUUCAACAAGGGGGUGCCCACUUUUGACAGGUGGGUAUGGACUGGUUGUCUGCCUGAGUGGUUGCCGUCUACGACCCAAGGCAGAGCCGUAGUGUGGUACCAGCAUGUACUGUCAGACCUGACCUGAUAGUGUCAACAGACAGUCACAGUUGGGGUUUUUGUGCGACCUCUACAGGCAGACCAUGGUCUAGAGGGUGAUCUUACAACCAAACAGGGCAGAGGAUAGAAAUAAAAGUCUGUAGAUAAACGACGAUAGGUUAAAGCAUUUUGUUAUUAGAAGGAAGCAAUCGAAACUUCAACACCACCAUCCAGGGCUGGUGUGGUUCCAAGUAGUCAUGUUGUUUGGGAUGCAAAUACGCAUAACUUGGCAUGUUCCUUUCACUACAAAAGGGCUUGAAAAUUUAAUGCUAGCUGCAGAUAGUGUCUCUGUGUAUCGUUCAACUAUACAGCGAUAAUUCUGCUCCAUAUAUUUUAGAGGCGAAAGGCUAAAAUGUUAAGUGCUGAGAAUGUGUUGCCCAGUUACAAUAUUUUCACCAAUCCUCUUAUCUUAUAUUAAACUUAACCAACAGGAUAAACUGUCACAAACGUCCGCUUACUCCUUUAGCAUCAAAGAGCAUCAAUGGCAGGAUAUGUGUUCCACAAAAUAGUGCAGUAGUUUGUCUUAAAGACAUGACCAUGUUAAAUAAAGAUGUUGAAUUUUGGAAUGUUACAUUUGUGUCAUACUCCAAAUAUUAAGGCCUUCAUUAACUUGUCCUUUGGAUCAUUUUUUAAAGUUUACUGUUCAGUAGCAAAGAAGCACAACAGGUCUCUCUGGUUUCCAUUUUCAUGAAGUUCAGAUGUGUUGCAAAAAAAUCUGCUUUGUGUUAAAGUAUACAUUAUGUCCUUCAGUAAUUAAACUAUUAAAUACU